UAUUUUUUCUUUCUUUAUUAUUAUGUGUACCUCACACUAUAUGAAUAUAUUUGGUUUCAGUAGAGUUUUCAAAACGGAACUAAACGGUUGACCAUUUAUACUUUGUGAACCUUACAAAUCAAUUUUUUUAAGAAAAGAUAUUUGAAAUUAAAUUUAUAAAAAAUUCUUCAAAAUGAAAAAAUGAUCAGUUAUUUAAAAUCAGUUUAAAAACAAAAAAAAGUUGUCAACAAAACAUAUACCGAUAUUAAGGAACAAGUUAAAAAGAUACGUGUAAAAGUUUUUUUAUGUGCAUAUCAAUCAUUGGCAGACGUCGAAAGGAGUUAAAGAGACAAGUCGGAGAAGAAUAAAAAAUAAAAGAGGAAAGAGGAAAGAAGAGAAUAAUAAAUAAAUAAUAAUGGCAUCACUUUAUGUCAAAUAUCCAAAAACCUGCCGCACAAAGAAGUCAAAUGUAUAUUUGACACCACCUGUAUCGUCGAUCUCAUCCUCAUUGUCAUCAUCAUCAUCGGGUUCAUUGUCAAAUAGUUGCGAUGGUAUUAAGUCAACAUUAGUUAUUACGAAUUCAUCGAAACAUAAACAACAUUACCAUUACAGCGUAAGAAGUCACAAGGUCACAAUGCCAAAACAUAAAAAAUUAAAGUUGAAGAAAGCCAAAACCUCAUCAGCAUCAUCUGUAACAACGAGUAGUGAUAGUGAAACAAAUAAAUUUACUGAAUGUCGGUCAUUCAUCAAUAAUAAUGCUCAGGAUGAAAUUAACAGAAAUGAUAUAUCCUCAACAUUGCCAGCAAUUGGAGUAGAUGUAGGAGGUACAUUGACAAAAUUAGUAUAUUUCGAACCAAACGAUGAGGACGAGCCUGCAAGUGAAGUCGAGGCAAGGGUGCUAAAAAAUAUUCGACGAUAUCUUACCAAGAAUUCUGCUUAUGGAAAGACAGGACAUAGAGACAUACAUCUACAGAUGGACAAUGUGGAAAUACAUAACAAGAAAGGAACAUUGCACUUCAUUAGAUUUCCGACAGCCGAAAUGGGUUCGUUUUUGCAAUUAGCAAAGUCAAAAGGAAUGGCAAAACUUCUAACAACAGUUUGUGCCACAGGCGGUGGUGCAUUUAAGUUCGAAGAGGAGUUCAAGCGAGAAGUGAAUAUUCGACUAAAGAAAUUCGACGAACUUGAUGCACUUAUUAAGGGCAUUCUUUAUGCUGAUACUCAAUGUAAAACCGAAUGUUAUUAUUACGAAAAUGCAAGUGAUAUUAGUUUAAGUCAAAAGGCACGAUUUGAUUUCUCACAACCGUAUCCAUUUAUAUUAGUCAAUAUUGGUAGUGGUGUGAGUAUAUUAGCUGUACGUGGUGCAAAUGAUUAUAAGAGAAUUUCUGGUACAAGUCUUGGCGGUGGAACAUUCCUUGGACUUUGUAGUCUGCUAACUGGAUGUACAACAUUUGAAGAAGCAAUUCAACUUGCGACAAAAGGUGAUCACACAAAAGUUGAUAAAUUAGUAAGAGAUAUUUAUGGGGGUGAUUAUGAGAGGUUCGGUCUCCCAGGAAGUCUAGUUGCUUCGAGUUUUGGACAAAUGAACUCGAAAGAGCGUCGAGUGAGUGUCACACGAGAAGAUUUAGCAAAUGCCACUUUAGUAACAAUCACGAACAAUAUUGGCCUGAUAGCUCGUAUGUGCGCAGUGAAUGAAAAAAUUGAUAAGGUCGUCUUUGUAGGUAACUUUUUGCGUGUAAAUCCAAUCAGUAUGAAGCUACUUGCAUUUGCAAUGGACUAUUGGUCAGAUCAUACGCUGAAAGCUCUAUUUUUGGAGCAUGAAGGCUAUUUUGGAUGCUUGGGAACGAUUUUACUUACCUAGAAAGCUCUUGUUUUCUACAUUAUCAGCUACUUUUGAAGUAACAAAACAAUAUUUAUACACAUGAUUGAAAAUAAGGAAGGAAAAAAAUCUUUUUAAGAAUAUCGUUAGCUUUAAGUCGGGCAUUUUUGUCAUUGAUAUUAUGAUAAGCGCUCAAAAUCAUAGUUACGAGGGAAUAUUUUGUUUUAUCAUCUUGCUACACAGACUGGUUUUUUCUUGUGUUUGGAUCUUUAAUCACUGUCACAAAAUGUAGUUUCAUCCAAGACAAUUAAGUAUACAAAAUUUUUUGGUUAAAAAUGAUCAACUUGACUUGACGCGUUAUUUGCGCGACAGUCAACACGUUUAUUUGUAGUUCGAUUUAUACUUAAAUUGUAAUAUUUAACUUACAUAUAUAUGAUAAUUAUUAUAAUUAGCUAUUUUUCAUUGAGUUUUAAUGUUGGAAGUUUGUUGAAGAGACGAUAGGGUAGCCUUUUUAAAGCUAUAGCUGACAAAACCAAUUUUUUAGCAUAUAAUUCUAGCUAAACCUUUUUACAUUAUAAAAUGACAUAAAAUAAUAGAUUAAAAAAAUAAUUCAGAAUUAACAA